UUCGCCAGCCUCGAAUGAAUGGGAUACUUCCGCCAUUUUGGGGAGGGGCGGAGGCUUCUCCCGGGCCACCUGAAGGAAGCUGAGGGAAGCCGCGAGCUGUGCAGCACAGAAUCCCAACAUUAUGAAGCCAGUUAUUGUGGUUCACGGUGGAGCUGGUCGUAUCUUUAAAGAGCGAGAAGAUGGAAGUCGCUCCGGCGUCACCAGAGCAGCUCUGAAAGGUUAUGGUAUCUUGAAACAAGGAGGGAGUGCAUUAGAUGCCGUAGAAGAAGCAGUGGUGUUAAUGGAAGAUGACCCACAUUUUAAUGCAGGUUGUGGCUCUGUGUUAAAUGAAAAGGGUAAAGUAGAAAUGGAUGCCAUUAUCAUGGAUGGAAAAAAUCUGAGCUCAGGAGCAGUGUCUGCAGUGAAAUGUAUAGCCAACCCCAUCAAGCUUGCUCGUCUUGUCAUGGAAAAGACGGACCACAUGUUGCUGACCGACCAGGGAGCCCUUGCCUUUGCCAGGGCCAUGGGAGUUCCUGAGGUUCCAGGAGAGAAAUUAAUUACAGAAAGGUCACUGGAGAGAUGGAAGAAAAACCUUGAGGCUGAUUCAAACCCUCAGGAGUUCCAAAAAGACCUUGGAACAGUUGGAGCCGUUGCUAUCGACAGUGCAGGAAAUGUAGCUUGUGCAACAUCAACAGGGGGACUUUCUAACAAACGGGUUGGCCGCGUUGGUGAUACAGCCUGCAUAGGAAGCGGGGGUUAUGCUGAUAAUGCCGUUGGUGCCACUUCGACCACAGGCCACGGAGAGAGCAUUAUGAAAGUGGUUCUGGCAAGACUUACCCUCUACCACAUGGAGCAAGGAAAGUCGGCAGAAGAGGCUGCCACUGAAGCCCUGAAUAGCAUGGAAACCAGAGUUGGAGGAUUAGGAGGAGUGAUAGUGGUCAGCCGUUCAGGAGACUGGGCAGCAAGGUUCUCCACGAAGCAGAUGGCCUGGGCUGCAGUCAAAGAUGGUCAGCUACAGAGUGGCAUCUACACUGGAGAGAGGCACACACAACCAGUAGAAAAAGCUCUUAGUUCCAUUGCAUCCUAAACACAGAAAAGGAAAUGGUGGUCUAUGACAGAAAGAAGAUUACAGACUGGCCCCUGAUGUUGUUGAACUUCAGUUCCCAUUAUGCCUCCCAGUUGACGAUGCCGGCAAGGACUGAUGGAAGUUACAAGCUAGCAAUCUUUGAUGAGCCACAUGUUCCAUACGUCUGCUGGAGAUUUUUUGUUGGAAACCGAAGUUGUUGUCCCUUUGAGACAACGUCAGUAUUUUGACGUAUGUUGUCCUUCUCCAUACUUCCCUCAUGGUCACUUCAUCCCAUAACCUUUUUUCUUCUUACUGCACUGUCUGCAGUAGAACAAGCUUUGGUAUGAAGUUGUAUCAUAGUUUUAUUUUAAUGGAGUUGUAUCAUAGUUUUAUUUGUAUGUGUCCAUAUACAGUUAUAUUGUGUGCAGGCCUUUGCCUGUAUUCUUACUGAAUUCUUUCCACCUUAUACCCUGGCUGACAUCAUAUCAGGUGACAAGCAAUAGACACUAGCCAUGUGGUUACUACUGGGCACUGCUACAACAAGAACAAAUGCUGUUCCAUGUCGCUAGGCCACCAAGCCCAAGGAAUAUGUGUGGCCAUGUAAACAGUUGCAGCCAGUUCCAGCUUUGAACUAGACCCUGUUUGCAUGGGCCUGAGGUCGUGGUUUGCUCUGAGAAAUUUUGGAGCAACCUGUGAAUUUUGUUAUUGAAGGCCCCAUUAACCUGAAUCAGCUCUCUCCAUCAUGCAGUUCCAGUUGGGAAGAUGUGGUGAGCUCCCAUCUGUUUCCUAUGUGAGGACAUGAGAGACACCUCCCAUAGAAUGGUAACACAUCCGGGCAUUCCCUGGACAACGUCUCU